ACAUGGCGCACUUUCCUUGAGAAAAGUUUCUCCUGAACGCCACACAGCUCACUUCUUCGCGGAUUUCCUCGCUGUUUAUCGACUCUCUGGCUGCGACGUGGACUUUUUUCUCGGCUACAUUUGGAACACUUUCUUGAUGCGCAAAAAGUCGACACGAAGUCAACAAAGAGUGUGAUGGGAUGAGAGCGAUAACCCGUCUCACAAACCAACACAGUCAGCCAGGAUGGAGAAGCAAGCGACUCUGAAAGAAAAGUUCUCAAUCUUCGGUUCCCGGACGGUGGGCCGACCUAUCCGGUGUGUUCCUGGAGACGACGGGGCCAGGUACGGCCUCAGCAAGGCCGAGUUCAUGGAGAAGGUGCAGCAGAGCAACGAGGCGUGUCAGCGAGGUGACUUUCAGGCGGCCGUUCAUUUGUACAGUGAUGCAUUGCAGGCCGACCCACAGAACUGCAUCCUCUAUAGCAACCGCUCAGCAGCUUUUCUCAAACUGGGCCAACACCAAGCAGCUCUGGACGAUGCUCAGAGAGCUUGUGAGCUUAAUUCCAAGUGGCCAAAGCAUUUGAGCGUUGCCAUAGAGUACAGAGAUUUCAUAAACCUCUGA